AUGUCGGAUAGUUUGAAAAAUAUCAACAUUAAGAUCAAGCCUAGUAAGACCAAUGUCUUGGAUAUUGAUGAUACUGUCAAUUUCACUCGUGGUCCAAGAGGGACUAUGGCUCCAUUGAGCAUGAGUGGGAUCCAGAUGAGCAGGGAGUCCAACUUCGCGGACCUAUCCAAGAUAGAUGAACAAGAAAUGAUGGAGCUCAGUGAAUUUGUUAAGGAAAUCAAUGAGAUGAGAAAACCUCACGAAACACAUAUAGACACUAUCGGGCGUAUGAUAAAUAAGGACUUUGUCACUGGUAAAGAGUUUUAUCACUUCAAGCAGGAGGUAAUGUAUCAGAAAAACUUCAGUGAUCUUCAGAGUAAGGUCAGCUACUGCAUUACGCAGGUCAUCCCUUUGGCUGAGAAGAUCGAGGAGUCUAUCAGAAACGUUUCUGAGCUUCGAGAGGAGCUAAAAUAAACUUGAAUAUCGCCUCCUUACCAAAGCUGACAAAGAUGCGGUGUUUGCAGUUGAGCAAAGGUUUUACGAUUUUACACCCAAUGAUAACUUCAGAGAUCUGGAGAAAGAUGUCAAAAACUGAGUUACUAAACAAGAACUUCUUAAAGCAGAGGAGACCAUUCAUCAAUGUGAGAAAGCCAUGGAAAAGCUGAAAGAACUCGAAACUGUCAACAAGAAGAUUUAUGACGUCAGGGAUGAGCUUGAAGGGUCAAUUUUGAAUUGAGUCAAAAAGCUUGAUUUGGAAAAACUCUCUACUCAAAACACUGAGAAAUUUGAUAAGAUCAGUACGGAAUUUCUGCUAAUUCACAACACUAACACUAAGAUUGAUGUUGAGCUUCGAAGGCACGAGAAGAUGAUCAUGAACUGUGUGACUAUACCUAACCCUGCUUCUGAAUUUAACUUCAAGGCUAAUAAUAUCAUGCAUAACUAUUCCAAAGUGUCUCGCUUAGAAGAACUUGAGCGAAAAGUGUUUCCUGUGAUAGAGAGCUUCAGGAAGAAGAUUACUGAUUUUGAACAGAGCGCAAACUAUCCAGAGAUUUAACGGUGUCAUCCAAAGAUUCGAUGAAAUCCUUUGUUCAAAAGCUUCGAAGGUUGACUUUAAAGAUAUGCUCAAGAGUCUUGAGAGCUACGUCAAGAAGGAAGAGGUGGAGUGGUUAUCUAAAUUUCGCGACCUCGUUCAUGAUUCGCUAGACAAGGUUGAUACGAAAUUUGAAGAACAUUCUCAUGAUAUUAUACAAGACUUAAAAAUCAUGAUACAAGAAUCAGCUAUUGAGAUUAAAUAAAGCUGUACUCCAUCAAAUUGGAGGGAAACCUAUCGAGAUAGAAGAGAUUCAGCAAUUUUUACAGCUGAAAGUGGACAAAGUUGAUUUUCACAAACUUGAUAAACACAAAGUUGAUAAGGAAGAUGUAGUCUAUCUCUCUGGAGUGCUCGAGUUUGUCUGUAGGUACCUCAAAACUAUAAUUCUGGUCAUCUCAGAUCAGCUCGAGAAUGGUAUGAGAAAAACUGACAAUACCAAUAAUGCAAAGUUCUCUUAAAUGCAACUAGAAAGCAGAAGACAAUCUAUAAUAUAAACCAGAUGAA